AUGAAGAUCUCAACAUAUGCGGCCCUGGCCUGCGUUUCUGGCGCUGCAGCCAACGUGACUCGCGUUCCGCAUCAGCUUGCCAUGAAGGGCGAUACUUGUGUUUCCAUUGAGUCUGACUGGGGCUUGGCACACAAAGACUUUGUUGCCUGGAAUCCCUCUGUCAAGGAUGAUUGCAGCGGCCUCAAGGUCGGCUACUCAUACUGCAUUGAGGUGAACAAUGGCGGCAGCAUCACGACUCCUCCCCCUACAUCGUCGACAACAACAACUUCCACGUCUACAUCUCCAACACCGCAAGUCCCUUCGCCUCACCAGGAUGGCAUCAAGACAGACUGCAAGACUUACUACAUGGCUGUCAAGGGCGACACCUGUGCCAGCGUGACCGGCAGGUACGGCCUCAGCCUGAGCCAGUUCAUGCAAUGGAACCCGGCUGUGGACCAGAACUGCAACGGCUUUUGGGCGAGCUACUACUACUGCGUCGUCGUCGACGGCGUUACGCCGACUACCACGUCUUCCUCGUCGCCAUCGGGUUCCCCGACUCCCAGCCCUACGCAGAGUGGCCUAAUCGCUUCGUGCCGGAGGUUCUACGUCGCGAAAGCUGGGGAUACUUGUGGCAAGAUUUUCGACAGCUACGGCACCUUUUCUCUCGACGAUUUCAUCAAGUGGAAUCCAGCCGUGGGCAAGGACUGCGGAGGGUUGUGGGCAGCCUAUUACUACUGCGUUGGUGUUCCUGGCACUCCCACCUCUACGCCCUCCACGUCCAGCACACCGACAUCGACUGAGCCGGCCAAUGGAAUCCACACACCCAGGCCAACACAGUCCAACAUGGUCAGCUACUGCGACAAGUUUGAGCUCGUCAAAGUCGGUGAUACCUGUCAGAGCCUAACCAGCGAGAAUUUCAUUUCCCUAGACGACUUUGUGAAAUGGAAUCCGGCUGUGGGCAAGGACUGUACCGGCCUCUGGGCCAACACGUACGCCUGCAUCAGGGCCCAGCCCGCAUUCACCUUCGGCACCUACUACCACAACAACUGCAGCGGCACCAUUCACAACGCCGCAAGCAUCGCCAUGGACAGCGACGGCGCAUGCUUCGACACUGACUGCCAGGUGGCCUCUCUCAGCGCUCUCUCAUACGGCGCCUGCCCGGACGGGCAGUUGCAAGUCAGUUACUGGGAGAACACAGGCUGCACGGGCCAGUGGUUCGGAUACGACUACACAUCACGGAAUACAUGCUUCCGCGCCUGGACGGACGGUUAUAAGUGGAAGUCGCUGCACCUUCGCUGCGCGAAGAAGAGCGACGAUUGCGUUUCGCAAAACCAGUGUAAGGCUGCCCCAGAGCCGGACCACAACCUUUGCUGA